AUGUCAGACCGCUGCCAACCCUUCUUACAGUGCAUAAAGAAAUCUACCAACACCACCUGGGGACCAGAACAGCAAAAAUCAUUGGAAGAGCUUAAGACCUAUUUGAGCUCUCCUCCUAUAUUGAGCUCUCCCAUUGCUAAUGAAUAUCUAUUCUUAUAUUUGUCUGUCUCACAAUUCGCUGUAAGUUCUGUUCUUUUUCGAGAAAAAGCCAAUCGUCAGAGGCCAGUGUUCUAUUGCAGCAAGAUGCUGUUAGACGCUGAAACCCGAUACAGUAUGAUGGAAAAAUUGGCACUCGCACUCCUCACGGCCAAAAAGAAGUUACGACAAUACUUCGAAAGCCACACAAUCAUCGUAUAUACGGACUAUCCAUUAAAGCAGUUUUUGCCACGAAAAGCUAAAAAGGGGCAGGUACUCGCUGACUUCCUGGUUGAAAUUCAGUCAUUCACUCCUGACGCUCUGCUAGAAUUAUUAGAAUCAGAAGAUCAAUGGCUGUGGACAAUGUACACUGACGGAGCAUCCAAUUCCCAAGGGGCUGGUAUUGGCGUCGUAUUAGAAGCUCCCUCAGGACUCAAAAUCGAAGAAGCCAUCCGUUUAGAGCAAUCCGCAACCAAUAAUGAAGCAGAAUAUGAUGUACUAAUCUAUGGUUUGGAACUCGCACGAGAAAUGGGAAUCCAACUUCUGAACAUCAGAGGCGACUCGCAGCUUAUGAUAGAGCAAGUGGCUGGAAAUUUCGAUACCAAAGCACCCCAUCUGGCUAGCCUUCUACAGAAGGUAACUGACUUACGAUCGCAUUUUCGUCAGUUUGAACUCAUACUAGUACCCAGGGAGCAAAAUCAGAAGGCCGACGCCCUUGCCAAAUUAGCUUCUGCGAGAGGAUGCACACGCCAGUCCUCCAUAUCCAUAAGUCGAUCAAGAAAAGAUAUAGAAGUCUAUUCCACCUCAUCAGAACCUGAAUGCUGGAUAGAUCCGAUCAUAAAAUACUUGACCACCUCCGAGCUCCCACCUAAUCCGAAAGAUGCAAAGCUUCUGCGCCUUCGGGCACAACGCUAUUCCAUGAUCCAUGGGACGUUGUACCUUCAACGGCCCAUAUCUACGAUGUUUGCGCCCAUCAGAAGCUAA